UGUAACUGUUAUAGAGUCCAAAAGCGCGAAAUGUUUGUUUAGAUUUAUUUCGUAAUUUUACAACUAUAAAGAGGUAAGGAGGUUUUUCAAAAGUUUAAGCUCUAAUUCAUUUUAUAAAUUAACAUUGUUAUAAUCGUCUUUUGUUCGGCUUUACUUCGUCUCAGUAUGAUGUCAUGUAAAAGAUUAGAAGUUCCCUUGUGUGAUAUAUUGUUAUAUGUGAAUGAAGGUUUCAAGGUUAAUAAUAGUGGAAAAUUAAAAGCUGUAUCUAAGGAUAAAUUAAGAGCUAGUUCCCCUCAUUCUCCAAAAAUGGAAAGAACUCGUCGACAAAAGAGAGGUAGAGAAGAACUUGAAGAUUCUAUGAAAUCUAAAAAAGGAAAAGGAAAGUCUCAAAGAAAUACCAGCCCUAAAAAGGAGAUUAAGUAUGAAGCUGAUUACUCUGAUGCUGAAGAUGAUUCAGAAGCAGACAAUAGUUUUAAAGAGAAUCAGGAAAAUGAACUAAGUGAGUUUGAAAGACUUGCACAAAAAAAUCGAGCAGAAAGGGAGGCCUUCCUGCAAUCCUUAAAGAUUAAUGAGAUUAAAGAAGAAUUCGUAAAAUCUGUUGAAAGUAUUGCUAAGUCUAAACCUAAGCCAAGAAUUUCUACUUUCAAAAAACACAAACCUGUCGAUCCUACGCCACUAAGAAAAAGUAGAAGAUUGGCAAAGCUGGAUAUUGAUUUAUCUGAACAAGCUCUUUAUGCUAAAGCUGUUGCAGAAGCCAGCAGUGCAGAAAAUGUUGAGGAAAAGAUUAAAUUAAAAUAUCGAAAAUUGAAGAAAAUACACCGAAGUCCACUAGCAUAUAGUAAACCUUUGGAUGUAUCAUAUAGCAAAGCUGUUACAAAACUACCAUCUACUUAUCCAUUUGAGGAAGCCAUUUCAACGAAAGAUGAUUGUUCAGAAUUUAUCAACAAUUUUGAUUUUACCAUGGUAGACGAUAUAAAGUAUAACCUAGAUUAUGCAUCGAAUUUUAAACACAUGAAAAUUGGAGAAUCAAAUGUAGCCAAACUUGUUCCAACUAGAAUAACAUCCAUGGCUAUACAUCCUGCAUCUGAUAAAGUUAUGGUUAUUGCCGGAAGCAAAUAUGGCCAUUUGGGUUUUUGGAAUGUGACUUCUAGCUUACACCCAAUCCUGUUUCUACCUCAUACCGGUGGUAUUACAAACGUGAAAGUCAAUCCUUAUAAUUCGCUACAAGUAAUCUCUUCUAGCUAUGAUGGUACAUUACGGUGUGGUGAUAUGGAAAAGAAAUCAUUCAAUCAGAUUUAUGAUGUUUCAGAUGAAACUUCUUGUACAUAUUUCGAUUUUGUUGGUGCCACUACACUUCUUGUUUCUCAAAGAAAUGGGAAUGUUUCUGUAAUUGAUGUCCGUAAUGAAAGUCUCAAUAGUGAGAAAAAACAUGAAUGCCAUGACUACUCGGUGAAAACUGUACAUGUUCAUCCUGGAAAUAAGAAUUUGUUUCUGACUGCUGACAGUAAAGGAAACAUGAAACUAUGGGAUUUGCGUAAGUUGCAGAAAAAAGCCAUAAUUGAUGUUUGUCACCACAAACGCACGAUUGCAUCGGCUUUCUUUUCACCUGUCACAGGAAAAUACAUUCUCACAACUUCAGCAGAUGACUCAUUAUGUAUUUUUGACAGUUCAAACAUAGGAAAAGAAAUAUUGCACAAGAAGUCUAUAAAGCACAACAAUUGGACUGGUAGAUGGCUAACCCCAUUUAAAGCAACCUGGUUACCUCAUUCUGAUGAAUUAUUUUCAGUGGGUUCAAUGAACUAUCCAAGGCGAAUUGAAAUCUUUAAUGCCAAUGGAAAUAAUGUUUUCAACUUCAAGAAUGAUGAAUACUUAAAUUCAGUAACAUCAAUUAAUGAGUUUCAUCCCUCACUCAAUGUUUUAGCGGGUGGAAAUUCAAGUGGAAAAGUUUUUAUCUUCACAGAUACACAGCUGAACUACUAAGAUUGCUGAGCACUUAAUUACUUAUGCUAAGAUUGUUGAGCAUUUUAUUACUUGUAUCAAAUUGUAUAAAAGUGUAAUAUUUUUCAUUUAAUAAAUUUUUAUCAUAUAUUUUUAA